AUGGGCUAUCCCGGGAAAGAACGGCAGCAGCAGCUUCGCGCUGCGAAAGGCGCAAAGGGAAAUAAUGUUAUCAGAGAAGAGAGACGUGCGGCUCGAGCUGGUAUUUGUGAGCCCAAUACCAUUUCAAAGCUUCAGACUCUAGCUCAAGACUCUUCUUCUUCUGCAGCGGGUUCGUCUUUCGGUGUUACCACUGCCGACUUAUCGGCUCAGCAACAACUGGUCUUUCUUACCGCCCCCAAUGCUUCCCCAUCAACUCUCGACGCUAGUGUUGCUGUUGUUAGCUUUGCCACUCCCUCAACCAAUCAAGCUCCACCAGCCGAUAAUGCCUCUCGAUCGCAUGCUACAUCUCAACAACCCUUCGCUGCUAGAAUCGCUGCCGUCGCAGCAAGACGUACCGGUGGUCGUCAUCACAGAAGAAGUCGAGUUCCGAGCCAGAAGGAACGCUUGUCUCGCCGUAUUGUAUUUCGAGAUCUUACUGGCGUUCCUUUGGCUGCACUUGGCCUUAGUCACAAUCUUGGUGGUUCUGUAGCUGCUGAUAUAGUCGGAAAUUGGCCUUCAGAGGUUCUUGGAGAGGAGCUUCUUGGUAGUGAUGAUGAAGAGGAAGAGGAUAUGAAAGACGAUGAUGAAGGAAUAGAAGAUAUGGAGGAUGAUGAUGACGAGGAGAUGCCAGACGUAAGAUAUGACUCGGAUAUUUAUGACAGUGAUGGAAACGAGUGGGCUGCUUUGGGGGUAAAUAUGAAGGAAGGACGACCAUGA